AUGGCAGUGGUGACGAACCUACGCCACAGGCUGAUGCUGGGAUGGCAUUCGUCGGUAACGUCGACAGCGAAACGGAGGCGCAUUCGAAGUAGCGCGCAGACACUCCCGUCGUUGUAA